AUGGCGAAGAAGCAGCUGGACGUGCUGACAGCUCUGGACGUGGCAAAAACACAAUGGUACCAUUUCACAGCCAUCAUAAUUGCCGGAAUGGGCUUCUUCACUGAUGCCUACGACCUCUUCUGUAUCACCACUGUCACUAAACUACUGGGACGAAUCUAUUACCCAGAUCACAACUACAAGAUGCCCGGCACCUUGCCCCCCAAUAUAGUGUCUGCAAUCACGGGGGUGGCCUUCUGCGGAACUUUCGCUGGGCAGCUUUUCUUCGGGUACAUGGGUGACAAGCUAGGACGGAAGAAGGUGUACGGCGUGACGCUGCUGCUCAUGAUAGUUUGCUCCAUCGCCUCUGGUCUCUCCUUCGGCAAAUCCAGUAAAGGCGUGAUUACCACGCUCUGUUUCUUCAGAUUCUGGCUGGGCUUUGGCAUUGGCGGAGAUUAUCCCUUAUCUGCCACCAUAAUGUCUGAGUACGCCAACAAGAAGACCAGAGGAUCCUUCCUCGCAGCAGUCUUUGCCAUGCAAGGCUUCGGCAUCUUCGCUGGCGGUCUAGUAUCCCUCAUCGUCUCCUCUGCAUUUCAAAAGUUCGGCGAUGACAGGGCGAACUAUAAACCAUCUCAGCAAGCAGACUAUGUAUGGAGAAUUGUCGUCAUGGUCGGUGCCAUUCCGGCGGCGCUUACGUUCUACUGGCGAAUAAAGAUGCCGGAAACGGCUCGCUAUACGGCCCUGGUCGCCAAGAACGCAAACAAAGCGGCGGCGGACAUGUCUCGAGUUCUGAAUGUCCAACUCGAGGAAAGUUCGAUGAAAACGGAAUCUAACGAGCCGGAAUAUGGAUUGUUUUCGGCUGAGUUCUUCAGACGCCACGGCCUACACCUGCUGGGCACCACCACCACCUGGUUCCUGCUGGACAUCGCGUUCUACAGCCAAAACCUGUUUCAAAAGGACAUGUUCACGGCCGUCCACUGGCUCCCUAAGCCCGAGAAGAUGGGAGCCGUAGAGGAAGUGAUGAAGAUCGCAAGGGCACAGUUGCUAAUUGCGAUUGUAUCGAUAAUUCCGGGCUACUGGUGCACAGUAUUCCUGAUCGACCACAUAGGGCGCUUUACCAUUCAGCUCAUAGGCUUCUUCUUCAUGUCCUUCUUCAUGUUCUUGCUCGCUGGCCCCUACCACCAUUGGAAAAAGCACGGGACUGGCUUCAUUGUCAUCUAUGCGCUCACCUUUUUCUUUGCAAACUUUGGGCCCAACAGCACCACAUUCAUUGUCCCGGCUGAGCUUUUCCCGGCCAGAUUUCGUUCAACCUGUCAUGGCAUCUCGGCUGCAAUGGGAAAGGCAGGGGCCAUCGUUGGCUCUUUUGGGGCUGGUUAUCUUGCUGAUACUAAAUAUGGUAAGGGGCAACUCAAGGUUGCUUUGUAUCUGCUCGCUUGUACGAAUGCUCUAGGUUUCGCUUUCACGUUUCUGGUGCCUGAAACGAAUGGCAAAUCCCUCGAAGAACUCUCUGGAGAAACCGAUGAAGUUGAAGAGAAGGACAAGGAGCUUAAGGCCAUGCCCACCAUCAGCGUGUAG